CCAUCGUCUGUCGCUCCUGUUCCCUUUCCUCCCUAUAACAAAGGAAAAAAGUUACAUCAACAGUAAUUAUUGACUCCAUCGGCCUUUCUGCUACUUGAGAUCUCAUCCAUUCACAAGAAAAGGAAGAUCCAGACAACCGUUGCAGAUCCGGGUCCUGACCCGCUUCUCUCUCUCUCUCUCCCUCAUUUGUUCAAAACCAUGAGAGAGAGGGGCGAGGGAAUCGGAGACCCACCCGCCCACACGGCGGAAGCAGCUCCCCCAAGAUCAAGAAGAGAUCCAACCGCCGAUCCGGAACCAUCAGCCGCACCCAAUUACAACGAGGAGGAGGAGGAGGAGCAAUACUCCAGAUCCAGAUCCCCACCCGCAGCUCCAAUGCCAGCUGUCAGAUACAGGGAAUGUAUGCGGAACCACGCCGCCUCCUCCGGCAGGCACGUGGUCGACGGAUGCGGCGAGUUCAUGCCCGCCGGCGAAGAAGGCACUCCCGCCGCCUUCCGAUGCGCCGCCUGCGACUGCCACCGCAGCUUCCACCGCCAGGAGAUCAACGGGAAUCACCCAGCAGCUCCACUCCCUCCUCCGCCGCCGCCGCCGCCGCUAGCACUUCCUCAUCCGCCGCCGCCGCCGCGCUACAGAGGGAGCACCAGCAGCAGGAACUUCCAGAGCUCCCCUCUGCCUCUGCCUCAUCCUCCUCCUCCUCCGCUCCCUCCAGCGGCUCAAAAUCACAACCCGCCGGCCGUGAUGUCGAGGAAGAGGUUCAGGACGAGGUUCACCCAGGAGCAGAAGGAGAGGAUGGCGGAAUUGGCGGAGAGGAUCGGGUGGAGGAUUCAGAGGCAGGACGAGGCGGGAGUGCAGCAGUUUUGCUCGGAGAUUGGAGUGGAGAGGAAAGUGUUCAAGGUGUGGAUGCACAACAACAAGCAGCAGCGGAGGCAAUAA